GGGGAGAGGAGAUUAAUACAGAAAGCCCACAUUCAUUCAUUCGUUGUCUGUUCAUUAACGGCCUGCACUUCCUGGCAGUGACCGGUAGGUGGCGGUGACGCGCCGCGUCGCUGUUCAUCAGCUGACAGGAAAAAACAUCAAGAAGAAGAAGAAGCAGGAAAAGAAGCAGCAGCGCGUUAACGUCCUGUGUCCAUCUGUCUGUCCAUCUGUCUGUGGGCUGGUCUGUCGGCCGAGGGGCGGAGUCCGGAUGCCGUGGAGGUGCUGUGUUCCCGGGUGUAAAGGCUACGAUGAGGCCAAGUCGAUGGGCGUCGUGUUUCACGGGUUACCGACCAGAGACCCGCAGCGCUGCAGAACAUGGCUGACCGCGAUCCAGAACCCCCGCUACGACGAGAACACCCCGGUGUCCAGGUACAGCGGGGUCCGGGUCUGCAGCCUGCACUUCAGGCCGGAGGACUACGAGGAGGACUUCAGGGCUAAGAUACUCAACGUCGCCCCCAAACCGAUGCUGAAGAGCGGCGCCGUGCCGUCCGUGUUCCCCGGGAGAGGGCAGGGGGAGCCCGGCCGAGCCGACCCGGCAUCUGCCCCGGCUCCGAAGAGAACCAGGACCCAGACGAGCCGCGGAGCUGCAGACGCCUCCUCACAGCCGCCUCCGGCCGCCGGCUCGGACGACAGCUUCUGCAUCGUGGUGUCGGUCGACCCCCUGGACGACGGCAGCUUCCGCUCGGAGCCGGAGUUCAGCGAGUCGGACGAGGACAUGGACAAAGACUGUACGAUCGUCUACAACCACAGCCUGAUGGAGCUGUUCAGGAUGUGUCAGUCGUGCGGGCAGCCCAUAGUGGAGAAGGAGGUUUUCCACUCGGGAGCACAGAUGAGGGUGAAGUGGAGCUGUCGUGGCGGACACUCCGGGACGUGGACGUCCUCGCCUCGUCUCAGAGACGUGCUGCCGUAACAUCCACCUCCACCUGCUCUCAGCUGCUUCAGCUCACGUCGGGAGAAGCCUCUGAACUCACUGAGCAGCAGGAGGGUGGAGGAGGGUGGAGGAGGACCAGGGCUCAGACUGUAGCUACACCCUCACAUCAGACUCCACAGACAAAUGUGACGCUCACUCCUCUGUGUACGAGGAGUUACUGUGUCAGGGACAGCAGCUUCAACAAAACAAACACUCCUCUGUUCUCAGUCCGUUCCAGCACGUGAUUCAGAAAUAAACCCAGAGACAGACACAGUGAGGACAGAGGGACAGAGGGAGGACAGAGGGAGGACACAGUGAGGACAGAGGGAGGACACAGUGAGGACAGAGGGAGGACACGGGGGGGGCAGAGGGAGGACAGAGUGAGGACACAGUGAAGACACGGUGAGGACACAGUGAGGACAGAGGGAGGACAGAGGGGGGACGGGGGAACAGAGGGAGGACACAGUGAGGACACAGUGAAGACACAGUUAAGACAGAGUGAGGACACAGUGAGGACAGAGGGGGGACACAGUGAAGACACAGUGAGGACACAGUGAGGACUGAGUGAGGACUGAAGAGGACCAGCUGGUUCAUUCUGCUGGUUAACUCAGGUGUUUUCAGUCGGUGUUAACUCGUCAUAGCUUCAGCUCUCAGCAGGUACAGCUCACCUGACACCUGAGCGACCCUCACUGCCCGUCUCACGCUUUCAUCAGGUUUCUAACCUUUAGCUUGAGGUUUGGUCGUUUGAAGACCAGAUGUGGUCGUAGAGUUUCCAGCCUGUGUGUGUGAGGAGCCACAGAUCUCCUCUGUUUCUGAGCAGUGAACAGACUGAGAGCCACACACACUGAAGACAUGUCAUCAUGUUCCAACUCUGACUGAAUAAAUCUGCAAUAAUCAA